CACUGGGAGCACAGCAACAGGUUGGAGUAGUCGAAGUUUCUGAGAAUUGAUUCGACUUUCGAGUUCUCUUCAAGAGUCUGGAGGUGAGGAGAUCUGAGUUUGUGCAAUUUAAAUUAAUGAGCAAAGGAACUGUGGUCGAACGUUGUGCAAAAAGUUACUUUGGCAUACUUUUAAGAGUUUAUGGUCAAGUAACGUUGGAGCAUCCUCAAGCGUCCAGGGAACCAUCACGCGCGUUUAGUUCGCUUUUUGCAGCUUGUAUGUUUGGAGAGACUGCCCUCCAGCAUAAAACAGCCAAUUUUUAUCGAAUAAUAAAUUACCACUUUUAUUCCGUGAGGCAUCCCCAUAGGGUUUACAAACUGCCAGAAGCUUGUAACCCUUCUCGGGACCUUCAGGAUGUUUUCCAUGGCUGUCCUCCUCGCAGCGCUCGGCGUUUUUGCGCAUCUGGGCACUUUUACGCACGGGUGCCAGCUCCCCUCCGAGUGGCGGCCGCUGAGCGAGGGCUGCCGGGCGGAGCUGGCGGAGAUCAUCGUCUACGCCCGGGUCCUGGCGAUCCACCGGGAGCCCCCGGGCGGCAGCCUGUAUAACUCGCUGCCCUUCGGGUUUGGGUAUGGGUACGAGGGCGCGGAGGAAGGGCUGCUGUACUCUGCGGAGGUGGAGAUGCUGUGCGACCAGGCCUGGGGCAGCAUGCUGGAGGUGCCCACCGGAUCAAGGCUCAACCUGACCGGACUGGGCUACCUGUCCUGCCAGUCCCACACCGUGAUGGAGAACUACUCCUACUUCUUUUUCCUCAGGAUGGAUGAGAACUACAACAUCCUCCCCCAUGGUGUCAACUUCCAGGACGCCAUCUUCCCAGACACGUCCGACAACAGGCGCAUGUUCUCCAGCCUCUUCCAGUUCUCCAACUGCACCCAAGGGAGCCAGCCUUUCCACACCUUCAGCCCUGAGUGGGACACCCAGGAGGACAGCAGGCUGCUGUGCUCCUCGGUGCAGGCCGCGCUGUUCGAGGAGGAGGAGCGAGGCCGCAAGAUGCAGGAGCGCGUGGCUGCGGCCGAGCGCAGGAACCGGCAGCUGAAGGAGCGCGUUCGCAAGGCCAAGCGCUCCCUGAGGAACGCCCGCAAGGCCGCGCGCAAGGCCCAGCAGGAGGCGCAGGAGCUGCAGGAGAAGCUGAAGGCGGCAGAGCGGAGGGCGGGACACCACCUCAACGCCAUAACACAGGAGGAGCCUCCACCCGGGCGUUAUGCAAGCACGGCACUACGCAAGAGGAUGCAACUUUAACUAAUCCAACACCUGCCACCCCCCAAAACUGGCAACCCACCUGGACUGAAAACUGGCCGCGGAGAGCGAGAGACUGCUGGGCGGUCUCUAUACAAAGAAAUAGCAAAUUACACAUAUGACCAAACACACUAAUAAUCUACAUAGGUUGUUUUUUUUUGUAUAAUACACUACUUCUUCUCUCUUUUGUUUCCCUGAUUGCCGUAACACAAGAGUAAUGGUAAGAGCAGUGCCUGGUCAUCUGACAAAAGAACAACAAUGUUCCUGAAAGGGAGUCAAACAUUUAUUUUCCCGAUGAUUACUCUUGCAGGUGGAGCAGUGCUGUAGCUCGGCUGGCUCUGUGCUCUUCCCCGGGCCGUGAUCACAUAAGACCAGGGACGGCUAUCGUU